UUCUGGAAUCAGUUGUGCUGUAGACCUGUCACCUACCUCUGUGAGGAGGUUCCUUGAGACUAGUAGUGCAUUAUACUAUGAUGGUAUGAAUGGCGGUAUGCAUGUGCCGCACAGUGAAGAGGAAAUCUGCGGCAUCGCCAUUCUUGAAGGGUGUUUUAAGCAUCCCGGGCAAUCUAAUCUUUGCUGAAUGACUUUUGGCAGUACAAGGUGGUUCCCUUCUUGAGUAAGUGAGCUGUAAACCUAACCAACCUCGAGUCGAGUGUACUGCAGGCAAGUAGCAGGAGUACGAAAGCUGCAAAACCUUUCUAACCCAAAAGACCAUGCAUGUGUGUGGAUGUGUCUAACAAGUCCUUCCCCUAGGUUUCCUUGGUCGGUUGAUGACACGAGAAUGAGUGGAUGGAAGAAGAGUACAAUCGUAGAAAGAAUGGGAGGGAUGAAAUCCGUGUUGAUCCAGAAACUGACUGGCUGCUGGCAGACAAAAAUCGAGAGCAUCAGCAGGGAUCUCUUCUCCAUUGACACUUGAAUCUGAAAUGGACCAAGUCAAGUCUACCAAACCAACCCCUCAUCUCUGGAGCCUGUGGAGCAGCAGCUUCUUGCUUGUUUUUUUAUAUAUUAUUGUAACUAAAGAAAGAAAGAACGAAGGGGGGGGGGGGGGGGGGGGGGGGGAAGAGAGAAAUAUAUUUGUUUUUUUUAAAAGAAAACUCCACGCAAACGCGUUUCUUUCCCUCCAUGGGCGCGCGCUCACCUACUAGAAACAAACAAAAAGCGAAAAUCCAAGCGAAGCCAAGGCACCCACUCGAUUGUCGAUUCCCGAUCUCUCCUCCCCUCGCGUACCGUAGCAGUCCAGCGCGGCAGGGCCGGGGCAAGCAACGGCAACCUCGCGCGCUCAUGUCGUCUCCUCCCUCCGGAUGCCAAUGUCUAGCCAUGCCCACGCCGGCCACCGCCGUCUUUUCCUCCUGACGAGCACGAGCACGAGUCUUGCUUUCGUCGCCGCCGUCCUCCUCCUGAUCGUCGACGCGUGCGCGGCGUCGCGGCAGUUCUCCACGGUCGCCAUCUCCCACGCGCCCAACGCCACGCUCGUCUGCGCGCUCGUCACCAGCGCCGAUGACGCGGGAGCGGGGCCACCAGGCUCUUCCAAGCUGCGCUGCACCUCGCUCCCCGACGGCCAGCAGUUCGUCUACCCCUCCGCUGACAUCCCCUACAACGCCAUCGCCGCCGGGACCGACUUCCUGUGCGGCCUCAUGGCGCCGCUCGGCGGCCACGCCGCCAUGCGCUGGUGGUCCUUCUCCGAGGAGUUCGCGGCCAACCGCUCCCGCCCCGUCGGCCGCCGCCUCUACUGGGGCCCCUCGCUUCGCUCGCUCAGCGCCGGCGGCUCCCACGCCUGCGGCCUCUCCGACGACCACGGCCCCAGCUGCUGGGAGUGGCCGCGCCUCGCCCUCCCGAAAGGCCUCGACUUCUCCCGCAUCGCGCUGGGCCACGACUUCCUCUGCGGCAUCGACAAGCUCGAUAACACCAGCAUGAGCUGCUUCGGCGCCAUGACCGCGCCGUCGCUGGCUCCCGCCCCCGCGGCCUUCGCGACCAUCGCCGCCGGCCACCGCCACGCCUGCGCCGUCGACGCAGAGGGUGGAUUCGGCUGCUGGGGCGACGACGACGGCGACGUCCCCAACGUGCCGGCACACGAGCUGCCGGCCGACAUGCUGGCCAUGGCACUCGGCAACGGCUCCACCUGCAUCCUCUCCGGCAUCGGCAGGGUCCAGUGCUGGGGCGCCGUCCAGGUGCCGGACCAGUACCGGAACGCGGACUUCCUGGCCAUCGAGGCCGACGGGGGCGCGGUGUGCGGCAUCCUCAGGAGCAACUACUCCGUCGCGUGCUGGGGGAGGACCGACAGAUUCGGCACCGGCGGUAGCCUGGUCUACAACAGCACCAUGCCCGGCGCCUGCACGCACAAGAAGAGCUGCCCCUGCGACAUCAUCUCCGGCUCCGGCGCGCUCUGUGGCAGCGGCGGCUCCGAGGGCGGCGAGGAGCUCGCCGUCUGCCAAGCCUGCGCGGUGCGGCUGAACGCUUCUAGGCUCCUCAUCACCAACGGUAGGGAGCGAUCGGCAGCCGGAGACGACGACAGCGGGAAGAGGAAGGCCAGGACCCUGGCCGUCGCGCUCAGCGUGGGCGGCGCCGGCGCCGCGGUGCUCGCGGCGGCUGCGGUGGCGCUGUACCUCGUGUCGUACAGGAAGCGGGACAACAAGAAGACGCUGACGCUGCGUCUCGGGGAGUCGUCGUCCCGGCGGCUGUGCCGCGAUGUGGAGGCCACGGCCAUGCCGGCGCCGCCGGUCCCGCCGCUCGGAUGCGAGGAGUUCACGCUUCGUGACCUGUCGCGCGUCACCGACGGCUUCUCGGAGGAGAAGAAGAUCGGGAGCGGCAGCUUCGGGUCGGUGUACCGCGCCAGGCUCCCCGACGGGCGCGAGGUGGCGAUCAAGCGCGCGGAGCGCAGCGGCAGCGGUGGGCGGCGGCGCCGCCGCUUCGACGCGGAGCGCGCGUUCCGUGCGGAGCUGCGGCUGCUGUCGCGGGUGAACCACCGCAACCUGGUGCAGCUGCUGGGUUUCUGCGAGGAGCGCGGCGAGCGCAUCCUGGUGUUCGAGUUCAUGCCCCACGGCGCGCUCCACGACCACCUCCACGGCAGCGGGCGGCGCAACGACGUCGGCGGGUACUCGCCGCUGUUCGCGUCGUGGGAGACGCGGCUCCGGGUGGCGCUGGACGCGGCGCGCGGCGUGGAGUACCUGCAUUGCUACGCCGUGCCAGCCAUCAUACACCGCGACGUGAAGCCCUCCAACAUCCUGCUCGACGGCGACUGGACGGCCAAGGUGUCCGACUUCGGGCUGUCCCUGGCCAGCGGCGGCACGGGCGCCGCCGCGUCGCCGGCGUCCGCCACGGCCGGCACGGUGGGGUACAUCGACCCGGAGUACUACCGGCUGCAGGAACUGACGGAGCGCAGCGACGUGUACAGCUUCGGCGUGGUGCUGCUGGAGCUGGUCACCGGCCGCAAGGCCAUCCAUCGGACGAACCAGGACGGCAGCGGGUCCCCCCGGAACGUGGUCGAGUUCGCCGUGCCGGCGGUCGAGGCGGGCAGCGUCACAAAGAUCCUGGACGAGCGCGUGCCGCCGCCGCGCGGGCACGAGGUGGAGGCGGUGGCGCGCGUCGCCAAGAUCGCCUCGGAGUGCGUCCGACCACGGGGGCGCGCGAGGCCGAUCAUGUCUGAGGUGGUGGCGGAGCUGGAGUGGGCCGUCACCCUGUGCGAGGAGUCCGUCGUGGCCGCCGCCGGACACAACAGCUCCCGGCACGGCGGCUCCGACCUGUCGCGUUCGCGUUCGCGCUCCGAGUCCGACGACCCGAGCCCGUUCCACACACGCGAGCUCGGCUUCGGCUUCGGCUUCGGUCUCGGCCUCGGCUCGAGCCGACCCGUCACCCAUGGCAGGUCUCACUCAACGAUGUAAAAUAUCACGGGGUUUUUUUUUGUCUCUUCUCUUUUUACUUUUUCACGGUUGGUAUACAUACAUAGACUGCAUUAGUUGAUGUCCAUAAAACGGUUAAUUUUCAAAAGAAGAAAGAAACAGAAAAUAACAGAGAGGGAAAGAAGUUCUUCAGAUGCAUCCUUUUGUGUCUAAUUUAAAUUUUUGAUUUGUAUAGAUGAGAUAAAAUCUCAGUGAAUGGUAGCUUGACCAAAUCUGACAUGUAGCAUGUAGGGGCGGGGAAAGAAGCUAAUUUGUGACUUUGGGUUGGUAGAGAGAGAGAGAGGAAGAAGAAGAUGAUACAGCUGUGACCUGUGUGAGGUGGUGUGGAGAACUGGAGAUAGAUGUAACAACGGUACUUAACUCAACCAACUGGUGCUGUACAAUUAUAUAUUUU